AGGAUGGUACUGAUAAAGAACUCCCACUGACCAAAAAAAGGUCAUUGGCCGUACAAAGCACUUCUGGAAGCAAAGCCAAUGUAUGCUUCUACUGUGAGCAGUUCAAGGUUGAUCUGUGGGAGCACAGGAAGAGGUGCCAGUCAAAAAAAGAUCUCAACAGUGGGUCUGCAAGGGGCAGUGGAGUGAAGAAGGGAAGACUCCUGCUGCCAGUCAAAACUUCCCACAAAAAGCUUUGGGAGAAAAUUUUAUGUCGAAUGAAUGACGAUGAAGUUAAGGCAAAAGUUGAGGGUGAUCGCCUGAUUAUCGAAUUGGGGAACCGUCUGUAUGACAGACAUGGUCAUGAUGUCCACCAGCAUUCAUAUAUCUCCCAAAAGAUGCGAGAACUUGGCAGACUUCUCGUAGUAACAUCAAAGAUGGAGAAGCCAUUAUAUUCCAUUCUGGCCUGUCUAAUGCCAACGAACUGGGACACUCUUAUUGAAGGAGUGAGAGGGACCGCCAAAUAUGAGGAGGUCACCAAUGAGUAUUCUACCCCAUCAUUGGCCCUCAAAAUUGGACACAGUCUGAGGAAAUGUGCUGAAAUUCUUCAACUUCAGUCUGUGAAGUCACAAAAUGAUGAUAAAGAAGAAAUGAAGAAGAUCGCUGAUGAUUUCAUUCUUCUCUACAACAAUGACUGGAACCACAAAAUUUCCUUGAGGGCUUUGUGUUCCUUGGAUAAACAGAGGUACAAUAACCCCAAGCUGUUGCCACUCAUGGCCGAUGUAAUAAAACUAGAAAGGCACUUGAGAAAAUUUACAGCAGCCUCUACUGCAAGUUUGAAGAAUGAGACAGACAUCCUUCAUUCGUAUACCAGCUUGGCCAAGGGCACCCUCACCCAACUGAUUUUGUUUAACCGGCGCAGGGCCGGAGAAACAGAGAGAGUGAAGGUUGAGGAAUUGGACAAGGCCCUGAAGUCACAACAUGAGUUGGGUGAAGAGGACAUGGCAAAAGUCCUCACCAAAUUUGAGAUGCACUUAGUGCAUACUCAUAUUAGGAUUGAGACCAGGGGGAAGAGGGGAAGGAAGGUGCCGAUCCUCAUUCCAAGGCAUAUUGUGGAGAACGUGAAGUGCCUGAGAGAGAAGAGGGAAGAAGCUGGUGUUUCUGGAUGCUUUCUCUUUGGUAGAAGAGGUGCUGCUAUUCAUCCAUAUGGAGGAUCAGCAUGUCUCCGGGAGUUUGCCAAGGACUGUGGGGCAGAGCAUCCUGAUCGACUAACCUCCACAAGGCUUCGGCAGCAGUUAGCCACCAUGUGCCAGGUCCUCAAUCUGUCGGAGGAAAACCAGGACCAGCUGGCCACAUUCAUGGGCCAUAACUUAAUUGUCCACCGCCAGUUUUACCGCCUGACAGAAAACAUUUUGCAGGCAGCAAAGGUUUCAAAGAUUCUUCACCUGAUGAAUACGGACCGCUUGGCCGAUUUCAAAGGGAAGAACUAUGACGAGAUAACAUUUGAUGAGGAGGAAGCCCUUGAAGAUGAACCUUCCGAUGAGGAAGAUAACACACUGGACGAAACCUCAGCACAGCCAAGUACAAGCAGUGGCUCACCAGGAGUGGGACAAACGAGUAGGAACACAG